CUCUUCUUCCUCCACCUUCUCCUCCUCUCCCCCCUCUUCCUCCUCCUCUUCCGCCCCUUCCUCGCCCUCUUCUUCCUUGUUCUCAUCCUUCCCUUCGUCCUAUUCUUCUUCUUUCUUCUACUCUUCCUCCUUCCCCACUUCCUCCUCCCCGUGGUCGUCCUCCCCCUCGUUCUAUUCUUCUUUCGUUUCUUCACCUGCCACCAUUACUAAUUGUCAUCCAUCCUCUCUUCCACUGCGCCCUCUUCUUUUAUCUUUCCUUCUUCCUUAUCCCGUUUCCCCUUUACCUCCUCCUCGUUUUUCUUACACUUGUCCCUCUCAAACUCUUUCUACGCCUUCUCCCGUCUUGUCUUCUCCUCUUUUUCCUCCCUAUGUGAGCCUUCAUUUUGAGUUUCUUGGGUUUCAGCAUAUACACACUAAUGUAUUUAGGCGUAAUAUUUACCCGUCCCCAAUGUAA